GGCUGCUCCGGCCGGGCGUGCGCAAAGACAUCAUCAGGAAGAACGGCGACUGCAACAUCACCUUCUCGAACCUGAAGAAGCGACGGUCUCGUUACCUCCAGGACCUGUAUACCACACUCGUCGACGUGCAGUGGCGCUGGACCCUCCUGGUCUUCUUCCUUGCCUUCAUUAUUAGCUGGCUUACUUUUGCCUUCAUCUGGUACAUGAUCAUCAAGGUCAACGGCGACGUCGACGGGGCAAAGACUUGCAUUGAAAAGGUCGAGACUUUCACGGCAAGCUUUCUCUUCUCGAUUGAGACGCAACAUACCAUUGGAUAUGGAUCCAG